AUGACUUCACCAUUUGACGAUGUCAAUGAUAGCCACCACAAGCCAUCAUCCACCCAGUACCACAAGCUACCAUCCACCCACCACCAAGCACCACAAGCCACCAUCCACCUAGCACCACAAGCCACCAUCCACUCAGUACCACAAGCCACCAUCCACCUAGCACCACAAGCCACCAUCCACCUAGCACCACAAGCCACCAUCCACUCAGUACCACAAGCCACCAUCCACCUAGUACCACAAGCCACCAUCCACUCAGUACCACAAGCCACCAUCCACUCAGUACCACAAGCCACCAUCCACCUAGCACCACAAGCCACCAUCCACCUAGCACCACAAGCCACCAUCCACUCAGUACCACAAGCCACCAUCCACCUAGCACCACAAGCCACCAUCCACCUAGCACCACAAGCCACCAUCCACUCAGUACCACAAGCCACCAUCCACCUAGCACCACAAGCCACCAUCCACUCAGUACCACAAGCCACCAUCCACCUAGCACCACAAGCCACCAUCCACUCAGUACCACAAGCCACCAUCCACCUAGCACCACAAGCCAUCAUCCACCCAGUACCACAAGCUACCAUCCACCCACCACCAAGCACCACAAGCUACCAUCCACCUAGCACCACAAGCCACCAUCCACCUAGCACCACAAGCCACCAUCCACUCAGUACCACAAGCCACCAUCCACUCAGUACCACAAGCCACCAUCCACCUAGCACCACAAGCCACCAUCCACCUAGUACCACAAGCCACCAUCCACCUAGCACCAUAAGCCACCAUCCACUCAGUACCACAAGCCACCAUCCACCCAGUACCACAAGCUACCAUCCACCCACCACCCAGCACCACAAGCCACCAUCCACCCAGUACCACAAGCUACCAUCCACCCACCACCCAGCACCACAAGCCACCAUCCACCUAGCACCACAAGCUACCAUCCACCCACCACCCAGCACCACAAGCCACCAUCCACCCAUACCACAAGCCACCAUCCACUCAGUACCACAAGCCACCAUCCACCUAGCACCACAAGCCACCAUCCACCUAGCACCACAAGCCACCAUCCACUCAGUACCACAAGCCACCAUCCACUCAGUACCACAAGCCACCAUCCACCUAGCACCACAAGCCACCAUCCACUCAGUACCACAAGCCACCAUCCACCUAGCACCACAAGCCACCAUCCACCUAGCACCACAAGCCACCAUCCACUCAGUACCACAAGCCACCAUCCACUCAGCACCACAAGCCACCAUCCACCUAGCACCACAAGCCACCAUCCACUCAGUACCACAAGCCACCAUCCACCUAGCACCACAAGCCACCAUCCACCUAGCACCACAAGCCACCAUCCACUCAGUACCACAAGCCACCAUCCACCUAGCACCACAAGCCACCAUCCACUCAGUACCACAAGCCACCAUCCACCUAGCACCACAAGCCACCAUCCACCUAGCACCACAAGCCACCAUCCACUCAGUACCACAAGCCACCAUCCACCUAGCACCACAAGCCACCAUCCACCUAGCACCACAAGCCACCAUCCACCUAGCACCACAAGCUGCCAAUAUAAGCCCCCACAAUAUGUCAAUACAAGCCCCCACAAUAUGUCAAUACAAGCCCCCACAAUAUGUCAAUACAAGCCCCCACAGCAUGUCGAUACAAGCCCCCACAACAUGCCAAUACAAGCCCCCACAACAUGUCAAUACAAGCCCCCACAACAUGUCAAUACAAGCCCCACAGCAUGUCAAUACAAGCCCCCACAACAUGUCAAUACAAGCCCCCACAACAUGCCAAUACAAGCCCCCACAAGCCCACAAGUCAACUGUGGAUAAACGCUCCGCCCUCUUUUAA